AUGGCUGCCCUACGCCCGCUUUACCUUCCGCCUGAGCUGGCCAUUGAAAUCGCCAAACACCUCGACGCUUGCAGCCUACUAUGCGUCUCUAAAGUCUCCCACUUCUGGCGCGAAAUUGCCCUCUCGUUCCUCGAUAAAAUAUCUCUCGCGGGUGCCCUAUCUGCCUUCAGAACCGCCAAGGUAAACGCCAACCACGAAGCCCUCAUCUACUUCGCAUCACGCAUCCGGCGGAAUGAGCGGACAGGUCCUCCAACUGGAUGUCUGGCCUUAACCUGGGCAUGCAUGACUACCUGCUCCGAAGCAGUGCGUAUCCUCAUUCCCUUCGCCAGCAUGCCCUACGGGCAUCAGAGGUCUGCGCAAGAUGUCAACCCAUGGGACGAGCCUCUUUUCGAGGCGAUGAGACAACACAACCCAGAGGCUCUGGAGGCACUUCUACAGAACGGAGCCCCGCCAGACAGGAUUGACUAUUUCGGUCUAAACGCCGGAUGCAUGCCUGACGGGGGUGGGGGUGACCAUGACCAUGACCACCCAACACUGGAAUCACCGGCACCUGGCAUACACGCGGCCAUAGUUCGCGGAUUUCCGGCUGCUCUCAAGUAUCUCUUAAACCAGCUCCGCGAUGACCCUCGUCAGCUUGAUGCUGUUUUGAACGAGGAUCAUAACAGUGAUCCUGCGCUGUCUGUCGCUGCACAAGUAGGGUGUCCUGAUAUACUUCGGAUUCUACUGGAUCAUAAUACCGAUGUCAACCAGCCCGGCCCUUCUUUAUUCACGCCGCUGGCGAUUGCGGCAUAUUGGGGUUGGGGGGGAACUCGUGAGGAUACUACUUGA